UUCAGCAUAUCUCUCUCUCUCUCUCUCUCUCUCUCUCUCUCUCUCACACACACACACAACAAUAAAGUAAGAGCUUAAAAACGGAGUGAAAAACAUAUUGGAGUUUUGUAUUCCAGCUGAUCUCAGCAUUAUUCUGCUCACUGCGGGACUCUGAAAGUGUCCAUGAGAAUGACGCUCCUCACCUUGAUCCUUUUGACCUCUGUUUUUUCUUUCUGCUCAUCUGUCGAUGUCAACCCGAAUCCAUGCAUGCGAGCAAAGAAUAACAACGCCCAUGCCACCUUCCUCAAGCGGCAUCUGCCUGAUGGUGUUCCAAAGACAUGGGACCAGAAUGUGUGGAACGCAAUGCUCAAGCAGAUUAAGACGUGCGGCAGACCUACUCAGUCAUUUUUCUAUGAGGAUGACAGGGAGAGUGUGAACGCAGUGUGCACCAAGGCUGGUGGAAAACAGCACUCUGACAACCUGUGCAUCAGCAAGAAGAAAUUCUCCUUUGUGACUGUGCGUGUAAAUGUACAAGAGGGAUUGUGUGGCAUUAGGAGCAUUCGCAACGAGACCAAACACAUCAUCCUUGGCUGCGACAAGGUUCAAGACACAUGUCGCCCUGUUCAUUUUGAGGGAAACCCAGAAAAUCUGACGCCCAGUAAUAAUAAGCCUGACUGUGGAGAAAGCUCAGGGUCAAACUCAGGAUUUAAAGUAGCAAUGUCCAAAAGCCUUCUGGUCUUCACUUUAGUAGCUUUGACUUACAUUUUGUGAUAUGGUAUAUUAAAAAAGACAAAUUAACAUGAUUUAUAAUUACAUAAAUAGGUCUUGAUCAUCUCAGUGUUGAUUGAAAAAUCUUAUAGCAUUGAAUGAACUGUAUCAGUGUUGGAUUAAGAAAUAUAAUGUUGCAUUGGAAUAUGCUCACUUAAACUGACAAGUUUUGUUUGGGUCCAUCUAUGUACCAAUUUCUCGCUAAGAAUUUUGCUAUGCAGCUUUAUUUUAUUUAUGUGUACAAAUAUUCAAGCAGAGCUGUGUGAUAAAAUAAAGAGUAAAACAUUUUGAAUAGCAAGCAGUUUUCCCAAAGUAAACACAUACAAUUACAAAAGUUGGAAAUUGUUACUGGCAUGUUAAGGGUUAAACAAUAACAAGUAUAACUACAUACUAAUGCAAAAACAACAAAUGCAUUUGCCACCUGUCUGGUGGCAGGUCUGUAGUUAUACAGUAUGUAGCUGAGAUGGUGUGUUAUGGCUCUAGAACCGAAACACUUCACUAGAGCUGCACCUUGUUCUUAGUAUCAAACAAAGUCAAGCCUGAAACAUUUAUUAAAAUUUAAACCCAGUACUAUUGAAUAUACUGACUUGUAGUCAGAGAGAUGCCGAUGAUCAAUUUUUCUCUUCACCUAAAAAAAUAAUUCAUGUUUAUUUCUUCUAUAAACACAUUAUUAUUGGUAUUGCCUUAGACCGCAUCUAGGAUUUUAUAUAACAUUACAUAAUGGCUUACUGAAAUGGUUUAGACUAUUCUCAGAAAAUAAAUAAAAUAAUUAAGGACACACAUAUUUAGUACAUAGUACACAGUACUCUGCAAAAGCUUUAGGCAGGUGUGAAGAAAUGCUGUAAAGAUUUUUUAUCAAUAUGCAAAAUGAGCAAACAGAACAAAUAAAGGGUUGGUGUGAUUA